AGAAAAAUAUUUUUGAAUGUGACAGGUAGCUUAAGUACACAAAAUAAUUCGCAAAAACGACAACAAAGUGAGGACUUUCACCGAAAUGUUUCUGAAAAAUGCAAUACAAACGUUAGAUCAUCGCUGGACAAUCAAGUCCUACCUACCGCACACAUCAUCGUUGAUACACGUUUUGAAAACGCUACGACCAACCGAAAAGGAUUACAUUGCUGACCAUGUCACAAAAAAGGAAUGGAAUCUCGGCAGUCCGAAUGUUUUGGAUAUUUUACAGCAGAGCGGAAUACUUCGAAUGUCUGACUUUAUGGUGGUAAAAAUCGAAAGCGAAGAUACCCUGGAAGUGGAACUAAUUUUCAAUGAUUUACUAGAAAUACAACAGUUGUCGCUGCUGGCCGAUUUGAUCGAGAAUAUCGAUCGAACCGAUCCCCGAUCACAACUGGUGGCGCAAUGCCUAAACGACGGAUUUCGCAGAUUCUUAGCCGACAUGUCAACAGGUGCCUUCGCGCUCAACAGGAACUACUUACACGAAUUGAGACCUCAUCUGACCGGCGAACAGAUGGAGAAGAUACGGAUCUUACAUUUGAAAUUGUUGUUGGACGUAUCUGAUUGCAGUUUGGUGGAAGCCAUUGCACAGCUGAGUGAAUGGAUGAAUGACAUAGACAAUAGCUUGAACAACGGAUUCAAAGAGCUGAUCAGGGAGUUUCUGUUCGACCAGGAGAAGGUAGUGCAGUGUCUGAUGAAGAAAGUCUUUUCCGACAAAUUUCAUGGAUGGAAAUGGUACGCUUAUGUCCUUCGCACCAUUACCAGCAGUUUAAAGUCACAGUCGGUGAAGAUCAUCAAGGGAUUUCUGAAGGAUCUGUACUCAUCAUUUCUGGUGCAGAAGAAUAAAAACUUUUUCUUGAUCAUGAUCGUGACAGCGCGUGUUCUAUGUACCGGUGACCGGGAGCGUUUCGGCGAUUAUGCGCAGUGGUACAGGAACCAAUUCAGCGACAUGCGCUACAGGAUCAGCAAAGAGGAUUUCGUUAGUACGCUCGAAAUGUUGCAGUCGUUGGUUUCGUAUGAAAAUGACGUUGGCAUCUUGCACAUUUAUGCCGCAACGGCGAUAUCACCUCCGACUCUUUGCAACGAUCUGGUGUUGAAUUUUAAGCUGAUGUGUCGCAGUAAAAUGGAACGACUGAAAUUGGAUGCGUCCGGUGAUGGAAGGACCGACGAGAAUGUUGUACCAAUUGAUAUUGAUGACGAUGACUUUGAGAAUGAAAAUAACAUUUUUCUGUCGUGAAAUCAUUUUUUGCGUUUUUCUUUUUCGUUUAUUUCAAAAUCCAACUGCUUCCGUUUACACACAAAAUGAUUUGGAGCUUAAAUGCUACGCACACACAAACGAACAAAACAAAAAAAAAUGCAAUUGACGUGUAAUAUGAGCUUGAACGUUUCUUUUCGUUAUAAAUUAAUUAUCAGGAUUCAAUCCCGUUAAGAUCGAGCAAAUUGAGCUAAUUGAAGAACAUUGGUACAUCCA